AAAUGAGAAGUUUUAUAUUGAUUUUAGAGACAAUUAUUAUGUUUCAGUGAUUUACUGUUACGCGAAGCUUACGAAUUAAUAUUAUUAAUAGUAGUAAUAAUAAGUAAUAAAUUAUAAUAAUAUCUAUAAUAAUUUAUUUGCAUACUGUGUGCUCAACAUUUUUAUAUGACUUGCGUUUUGGUAUUAAAUAUUCAAUAACUAAACCCCAAAACCAAUCUGCGGUCAAAUGUCGGAUCUGUUGUUUGAGUUGAAUCUAACAGUAUCGUCAGCCAAGUUGUCGGGAACGACCGCUUUCUUUAAGCCGGACCCGUAUGUGGAGAUAGUGGUGGACGGGGGCACACCUAACAUGGAUUUGUCGGGAACGACCGCUUUCUUUAAGCCGGACCCGUAUGUGGAGGUAGUGGUGGACGGGGGCACACCUAACAAGACUGACUACAAUAAGUCCACAUAUAAUCCCAAAUGGGAUGAAGUGGUUCCUCUACUGGUGUCUCCCUAUUCCUUCAUUCAUCUGCGAGUGUUUAACCACAACUCAAUCAAAAGGGACGCCCUGUUAGGCGAGGCCACGAUCGAUAUCUACGACCUGUUGACCCGCAAUAGCGGU